GUGAGUGGGUGUAUAAUUUGUGUUUCUUACUCAUCGUUCCAGUGCUUUAUUACUAAAAAAUAAAUAUAUAUCUGAAGAACAUCGUCGUGGACAAUGUUUAUAUUGAUAAGAUUAUAUUUUGUUUGCGUUAAUGCUUAAAUUGCAUAUUGCAAUUGUGUUUAGUUCGUAGUCGUAAAGGUACAGUUAAAAUGACACGACUCUAUUACACGUUUUUUCUUUUAUUUACCGUAUUUAUUAAGGAUACUUUGCUGCGCUCGAUCGACGAUGAACCUUUUUUGAAGACCCCGCAAUAUACAAACUACGAUGAUUUAGUGAAAUUGUUCGACGAGUUAGAAACAAAUUAUCCAGAACUGGCGAAAGUGUAUUCGAUCGGGAAGUCUGUUGAAGGACGUCGUUUGUUAGUGAUACAGAUUAGCGAAGGUGUUAAAAGUACGCACCCUGAACGACCUGCUUUCAAAUAUGUGGCUAAUAUGCACGGUGACGAAUCUGUUGGACGCCAGUUAAUGAUCUACUUGGCGCAGUAUCUUUUGGUUAACUAUGGAAAAGAUGACAGGGUAACAAAACUGGUGAACACCACAGAAAUACAUUUGAUGCCUUCAUUGAAUCCUGAUGGAUUUGAAAAGAGUAAGGAAGGGGAAUGUGAAUCACUACAAGAAGGUGAUGGUCGUAACAAUGCUAAAGGUGUUGACUUGAAUAGGGACUUCCCCGAUCAGUUUGACCGUAAUCGGUCAAAUGAUGAUGCAUAUCUGUUCGGAGGUAGACAGCCGGAGACCGCUGCAAUUAUACGAUGGGUGCUCAGCAAGCAGUUUGUGUUAUCUGGUAACCUGCAUGGUGGUGCUAUUGUUGCCAGCUAUCCUUAUGAUGAUUCAAGCACUGGCAAAGAAUGCUGCGAAGAGAGUCAGUCGCCUGAUGAUGCAUUGUUCAAGCAUCUCGCUUCAGUAUACGCGAGCAGACAUGCUGAUAUGAAGAAAGGAAAUGCCUGCAAGCCGGAGACGUUCAAAGACGGCAUCACUAAUGGCGCGUUCUGGUACUCAGUGCCAGGUGGUAUGCAAGACUUCAACUACGUGAACUCGAACUGUUUCGAGGUGACGUUCGAGUUGUCGUGCUGCAAGUAUCCGCGCGCCGCUCAGUUGCCGCACUUCUGGGACAUCAACCGCGACCCCCUGCUCGCCUACAUUGAGCAGGUUCACGUCGGCGUCACUGGAUUCGUGCUGGAUGAAGAUGGCGAGCCUGUCAAGAAUGCACAAAUAGUUGUGGAAGGCAUUAAACACUCUGUACGGAGUACGGAGCACGGCGCAUACUGGAGGCUGUUGUUGCCUGGCGAUUAUAACAUCACUACUGUGGCCUCCGGUUACGUGUCACCAACGCCAGUGACAGUGUCAGUCAGUGAAGGUGCCGCGGCGACUGUCAACUUGACUGUCAGUCGGCGUUCGCGCGCGCUCUCAGUCGCACGUAACAGGAAUCCGCGUCACAUCGACGGACUUUCUGCAGUUGACUUCGCGCACCAUGACUACAUCAAGAUGGAGGCUUUCCUGCAGAAGUUGCACGAGGGGUAUCCCGACAUCACCCGCCUCACCAGCAUCGGUCAGUCUGUGGAGGGCAGGGAGUUGUACGUACUGGAAGUUACCAGAGACCCGGGAAGACAUAUUCCAGGCAAACCAGAAUUCAAAUACGUGGCCAACAUGCACGGUAAUGAGGUAGUUGGUCGGGAAAUGUUGUUGCUGUUGGCCAAAUAUCUAUGCCAGCAGUACACCAGCGGCGACGAGAGGAUCCAGAAGAUGUUGAACAACACCAGGAUACAUCUCCUGCCAAGCAUGAACCCUGAUGGAUACGAGAGGAGUAGAGAACGUGACUUUGGCAGUAUAAUUGGAAGAGCAAACGCACACGAUGUGGAUCUAAACAGAAAUUUUCCGGAUCAAUUUGGACCCACUCAGGACAACUCCUUACCUGAGGUGGAAACAGCUGCUGUAAUGAAAUGGUCCCAGUCAAUACCAUUCGUGCUGUCUGCUAAUUUGCAUGGGGGUGCGUUGGUCGCCAACUACCCUUACGAUGGCAACCCUCAUAUGUCCAGCGGCAAGGAAUUCCUCACCCCCGAUAAUGCAGUCUUUGUGCAUUUAGCUCAUGUCUACUCUAAUGCUCAUCACAAGAUGCAUCUCGGUCAGCCUUGUAAGGGAUCACCAAAUGAGAAGUUUCCAGAAGGCAUCGUUAAUGGCGCCAAAUGGUACGUAUUAUCAGGAGGUAUGCAGGACUGGAACUAUCUGCACACCAAUGAUAUGGAGCUGACGCUGGAGCUGGGCUGCUACAAGUUCCCACCUGCUGAAGACCUGCCCACUUACUGGGAGGAUAACAAGGAGGCGUUGUUGAAGUUCAUUGAACAGGUAAAUACAGGAGUGCAUGGUUUUGUGCAUAGUCAUAUAGGACAUGCGCUUGCCAAUGCCACCAUAUCAGUGGCUGGCAUUAAACAUGGUGUCAAAACAGCGCUAAAUGGAGACUUCUGGAGACUGCUGAUGCCUGGAAAUUAUAACAUUACGGCUAGUAAAGAUGGAUAUGAAAGUAUAACAGAGCAAGUGACAGUUCCUGUCAACGGCUCCGUCAGCGUCAACUUCACGCUGAUGGUGGACGACCCGCAACAUUGGUCCUCCGCUUACGACUUCCGUGUACUGGAGAACAUAGUGAACACUAAGUACCACAGCGGGGUGGAGACGUACGCGGCGUUGGCCGAGCUGGAGAACAGGUUCCCUGAUGUGGCGGAGUUUAAAGCUGGAGAUGCACUCAGCACUGCUGUCUUCCAUACACUCAAACUUACUGAUCAGGUUGGAUCACCAGAGGAGACUAAAUUCCGUAUCGCAAUGAUUAGUAAUUUAUACGCAUCACAAGGUUUAGGCCAAGAGCUACUCGUAAACUUCGCUCGUCAUAUAUCAACGGCGUAUACUAUCGGAGAACCAAUACAUCAGAAAUUACUGAAAAACACAGUAUUACAUUUCAUACCAAAUAUCGAUCCUUUAUAUAAAAAUAUAUUAAAACAUUACGAUAAUACAGAUAAGUGUGAAAUAGAAGCGUUAGAAGAAGAAUUCGGUGAUAGCGUAUAUAGUUAUUUAACAAAGAACAAUUUAAAUCCAUUAUCAAAUUAUACGAGGGAAAAAUCAUUUAUACAUCUAUUAGAAAAUGAAAAAUACGAUUUAAUGAUAGAGUUAUCUUCUGGUACUGAAAAUGUGGCAUAUCCUGAUUUAUCUAGACAAAUAUAUGAACAGUUUGCGAAGAAAUAUCAAGAUAAUAGAAGUCCUAGUGAUCGUUACGAAUGCAGUGAGAAAAACGAUCACAUACGUCAUGGAAACUUGAUAGAUUUGGUCUGUGAAAGAUAUAACACCCCGAUAGUGUCAUUAGGAUUGAGUUGUUGCAAGAUGCCAUCGCCUGAUGUCAUCGGAUGGGUGUGGAGAGAUAACUUGCGUGGUAUUAUGAAACUCGUCGAAGUCGCUAAUACAGGUGUAAAAGGUUAUAUAAAGAAUGAGGAUGGACUACCGAUGAGGGAGGCGUCACUAGCCGUGACUGGUGUAGCGCGUCAGUACCGCGUCACACCUAACAGGGCUCACUACCGCGCGUUACUACCCGCUGGUGACUACCGCGUUAUUGUACGCUGUCAUGGAUACCACGAUCAGCAAUUAACAUGGCGCGUUAUAGAGGGCAUUGUGAAGCAAAAAGACAUCGUACUCCGACGUCUGAACGCGGAACACCUGCCUCUAGCUGUUGAUGAACUGCCUCUGGAUGAUGACCCCAACAUCAUAUAUAUCACAGGUUUAGCAUUAGAUUACAGCAGUAAACCGCUAGUGGGCGCUCGUGUGUCGCUGUACCCGCUGACGUCACUGAAGCCGUUGCUAAGCAACGGCAGUGACGUCACUGGUCGCUUUCUGCUAGCUCUGCCUGUUACAUACACCGGCAAAGAAGUAAUGCUGUCUGUUGCCGCUGAUGGCUAUAUAACUAGUACCAGACAUGUCAUGAUAAACAGUGACAACAAGGUGACACCCAACGUACUAUUCAAGCUAGAAAGAGACGACACUGUACUCGGUCUACCUAGACUCGUAUUUGUCAUGGUCGCCGGUGCAGUUGGUGUACUUGUGGUGUUGUCUGCAGCUUGGUGCUUCGGUUGUAGACAGAGGGCGCGAGAGUCGAGGCGCAAUUAUCUCUUCUCUCAGCUGCCUCCUGAUGAUAAACAGCCUCUGUGUGCAGACGCAACAUAUGAUCUAUUACAAAAGCCGUACUACGAUGAUGAUGAUAUACCACCAUCGGAGACAGACUCCGAAGACGAAAUUGUUCUACUCCGUUCUGAUCGUGAGUGGAAACCCGUAGAUCAGCACGACCACUGACCGCUGACCUCUGAUCACACAACUUUUGUAUACGCACAGAGCUCACCUUUGCUCAUACUGAACAUGUGUACACAAUUUUAUCUUACACGGUUAUUUCUGUCACAAAAUAUAGAAACGACAAAGAUCUUGUGACACUUGUCUGACAGAUCAUGGGAAGAAAAACUGACCAAGAGUUCGCUGUCAU